AUGCUAGAGGACCUCUCAGAGCUAUAUAUUGAACUGUUCGGAUCAUAUCUUGGAGUAGAUGCCCAAGUAUUUGCAGCACAGAUUCAAGAUGGUCAUUGGGGCGAAGAUGAGCAAAUGGGACACUCUCCACAAUUUCUUUCUGUCAAUGACCACGAGAAAUCGUUCACGUUGCGCUACUAUGAGACCAGAGUCUUGGACGACCCGCCACUAGAUCCAGUACCUUCAAUGGUGAGGACAGCAGCUAAUGUGAGUCGAAAUGUCACUUUUCAACAUGAAGUCACCAAGGGGGAUAGGAACCAUGUUUGGACGACGGAGGAUGGAACGGUGAGCGAUCCUUUUAAUCAAAUCUGGAUGACUCGAAUUCUGACCCAUCUUUCAGCUAUCGUUCUUCUGGAUCCUCCAAUCCUGGAUAAUCGCUUGAUUUGUUACUACAACAACGACUGUGAUAAGGCUGUUCAGCAGAUUGGACAAAGCCGGCCCUACCAGGGAGGCUAUAGGGAUUUUACACCAUGGCCAGAUAAAAACGCCUCGCAUUCGGCAUUGAUUAUCGACGGGCCGCGCCGCGUCUCAUUAGCAGACGAUAUUGCCUACUACUGGGUCAACGUCGCCUCGAGUAAAGAACUUAUUCUGGCACUCAGAAACCCAUACGAGAGUACUAUCUUCCUCCGACGAAUCGUCAUAUCUAUGCUCAACAGUACCCUCCGACGAUACUAUUCCGAUCUGAGUCAACACGAGACAAAACUCUGGGUUAUGCAACGCAUGAUCGAUCCGAAUCUCACCGAUUCUGAAAAGAAUCAAUACCUGGGAGACUUCAUCGGCGUCAUGAAUGAGAUCAACAAAAUCAGACGAAGAAUGAAUUGGUUCUCUCACGAGAUGACAUCCAACCUUGAAUCUCUCAAUCUUGUCACAGAACAUCCCUAUCAAAUCCCAAGUCACAGGGCAGAGGAUCGAGACUUCAUCAUCAUUCGCGACAAGUUUCUUAGUUACCGGAAAUGGUCGGAGAAGUUACUCAAUAUCACAUCGGCACAUCUGGCGUUGAUGGAAACGGAGAAGUCGAUUUCGGAUUCCAAGGCAUUAUCUCGACUUACAAUACUGGGUUCGCUAUUCAUUCCGGUCUCGUUUGUUUGUUCAUUCUUCAGCAUGAAUGGUGAUUUUGCGGUUGGGGAAACUAAGUUCUGGGUCUAUUUUGCGGUGACGUUGCCGCUGGUUCUUACUAUUCUGGUUAUUGUGUUUGGGAGAUGGUGGUAUAGGCGAUUGAUGGAGGUCAGCUCUGUGCGUUAUAGGCGCGUACAGUCGACUCUGGAUGAGGAGAGAGGAAUCAAGAGGUCUAUUCGACACUCUGGAAAUAAUGCAGGGGCUUAA